AUGGUGCCCGCCGAAACAAUGUCCAAAGUGCUGCAAGCUGCAGCCAAAGCAACGGGGGAAGAUGCCACGCUUUUCUCCUGUCAUUCGCUACGACGCGGAGCUAGUACUGACGUUGAAAACUUCGCGUUUUGGCUGCCGUGGUUCGUUAUUCCAAUCGGUCGCCACUUUGAGCUGGAAGCGAAACCCGCGUCAUCUGUAGCCAAUGUUUUGCACUCGGAUACGCCUACACCCACUACAUUACACCACAACACACCCAUGACCAGUUCCUUACGUUCCACCACAGCUCCAGCUAAGAGCUUGCACCCCAGCGCACCUGUGGCCAGUACCAUAAGUCCCGACAGUCCGGUGACCAGUGUAUUGCAUCCCGAUACACCUAAGCAAACUCGUCUUAAUACGCUCGUUCCAUACACCUCGAAGACGACGACGAAAUCGUACAUUGAGUACGAGGCAUCGUUCCCACAGCAUGGCAAGAUCGAGCCAGGACUGCAUUAUCGAGUUGAAAAGACAGAGGUGCUUGUGCAACCUGGCAAUAGAGACAACGAUUCCGUAUUGAUCAUCUGCGCGUUUAACGACGCUCAAUCGUGGGGUGUAAAUCGUAGCAUCAAGCAUUUCUUCGAGGUCGUCGGGUCCUUCGAUUAUCUGAAAGCAAAAAUUUCGAUCACGCUGCUUACUUCGUCUAUGACCGAAUUCACUAAUGCGAAGCAGCUCUUUGGGUUCUACAUCGAGCUGUAUCCGAGGUUAUCCGUCAUUUUUCGCAAUGAUUUCUCUACAAAAGGACUGACCCGUGCGAAUCGCCACCAGCACUUACUUCAGGCAGGCCGUCGACGCAUGCUCGCUCGAUAUCGAAACUACGCGUUGCUCUCUACGAUGGAGUUAUGGCACCAGCAUGUUGUAUGGGUGGAUGCUGACAUCACAGCUAUCCCCUCGGGAUUACUGCGGAAAAUGGUGAGCUCCGGUCGCGAUAUCUUAGAGCCCAUGUGCGUACGCAACAUCAGAGGCAAGUGGCUCAACUACGAUAAAAACGCGCGGGUCGACCAUCGAAAAGUACGAUCACCGAACGCCAUAAACUUCGUGCCUGGUCCAUUGAAUGCCCGGUCCUUCCACAACCUUCCUGACAGAUCCAAGCCAUUUGUUCCGCUGGACUCUGUUGGCGGAACGAUGCUGUACGUGCGCGCAGAUAUUCAUCGACAAGGUGUGAUGUUUCCUGUUCACUACGUCAUCGGUAGCGAGUGGGGGCGGGAAGGAUAUGAUGGUAUCGAAACAGAAGGCUUAUGCUACACCGCGCAUUUUCUGGGCUACAAGUGUUGGGGUAUGCCUCCAGAUAUCAUUCGUCAUGUCACGUAG